CAAUGCCAGUGCGCCGGCGACGCAGGCGGGUCGCGUACACCGUUCCACGUUUUCAAAACAAAAUAGCCGUUCGAUUGUUCCAAUUUGAAAAAUUCAUUACAAAACGACCAAACAGUUCGCAGUAUUCCAAACAAUGUACCAUUUCUGAAAUAGCGCGGUUGUCGCCGCCACGCACUUGUUAGUGAAACACGAUAGCGUUUUGAGGGAGCCAUGAAGAUGUAGUGUGUGUUCCUGCUGGAGAGUGUUGCUCAAAUAUCUGACAUUAAGACCGGAUUGUUUGUUUGUGUUAUAAGAUGGUGCAUUUUGUAUGUAUUUUACAAUUAUCCAGCAAUUAACAUGUGUUGUAGCUGUAAUUGUGUCCACGACAAUGGCCGUCCAGUUUCCAGCGAAUCCCACAUCGGAAAUGUCAGCCGAUGAGAAAAACUUAAUUAAGGAAAACAAGACAAUUGAUAUGUCCGACGAAAGUGGCCACGAAGUAGAAACAGAAAUGGAAGAAGUAAAAGAUAAAAAGUUUUUAGAUGAUGCAAUGAAAACUGUUUUGGAUCCCAAUACAAUUAUAGCGAAAACCAAAGAUGAAGUCGAAAUUUUUAAGUUCCAACUAGAAGAGCUGGAUAAAGAGAAUAUAACUUUGGAAGCUUUUAUGGAAGAAAUGGAUAAUUUAAGUUUAGAAGUAUGUAAGACAUCACAAGAAGCAUUGUGGUCAUAUGUAACUGACAUCGCUAAUGAAGGGAAAAAGAAUAAAAUGGUACGCAUUGCAGCAGAAGAGGAUGAAAUUAAGAAACAGUAUUGGAAUAUACUAAAAAAGAAAUAUUUGAACAAUGAACAACUUGUGAGCGAUCACAAACUGAGAAGAAAAUUGCGAAUAAUCAAAGAAAGAGGAACGAAUGUUCAAAUGCCCCAAAGCAAGCAAAGAGAAGAAAUCGAUACAAUGCAAAGGAUUUGGAGCAGAGUGACCGUGUGUGCUUACAACGCAACAUUUUGCAACACGGAAGAUUCGGUACGCACAAUGAGUGAUGUUAUAUCAAUUUUUAAGACAAGCAACGAUACGAAGGAACUAAGUUACUAUUGGAAGGCGUAUCGUGACACAACUGGGAGGAAAAUAAGACCCAUAUUUAAAGAUUAUGUAAUUAGAAUGAACAAUGUAGCAGAAUCGGAGAAUUUCACAGACGCAGGUGACAUGUGGCGUUAUGCGUUUGAAGACAGCAACUUUAUAGAAGUGGUAGACAAAAUUUGGCGAGAAAUUAAACCACUAUACGAUUUAAUACACGAUUACGUUAGGGCUAAACUAAAAGCUCAUUACAAAGAUGACAUAAAACGUAAAGAUGGCAUGAUCCCAGCACACAUACUAGGAAACUUGUGGGCUCAAGAUUGGCAAGCUAUUUACCCCACGGUGGCAUCAUUUCCUGAAUACAUUAGACCGAAAAUUCUCAAGAACGAAACAAUACAUUCGAAGGAUCUUUUUGAUUCCGUUGACCUUUUCCACCAAUCUCUUGGCUUUGAGAGCGCUAGAGAUACUUACCAGGAUAUAAGAGAAACAAUGACUACAGCUAAUUGCUUGCCUUCAAGUCACGAUAUGUGCGAUGGAGUUAAUUACAAGAAAUAUUUCGUUUACAGAAUAAAAUGGUGCGGGGAGAAGAUAACAGAUGUAGCCGUGGGUUUAUCGCGGGCUGCCAGACUACUAGGUCACGUGCAGUACUUUAAACACUAUCGGCAUCUUCCACCCCUUUACAGAGAUGGGCCUAAUCCUGCGUUCCACGACGCUAUAUCUGACAUUGUAGCCGUACAGCUAACGACGCCAGAAUACCUCAAGUCCUUGAACUUUGUAAAGGUGGAGACAGGGACAGAAGUCACCCUGAACCAUCUCCUAUGGGUUGCUCUGGAGAAGUUCCCACUUAUGGCAUAUGCUUAUGUACUGGAUAAGUGGCGGUGGGACGUUUUCGGGAACAAAAGCUUGGAAAACUGGAACCAACAUUGGUGGGAUCUUAGGAUGAAAGAAACAGGAGUGUCUCCACCGGUGCCUCGCAACGAGAGUGAUCUGGACCCCGCUGCCAAAUACCACGUCGUAUCACACGUCCAGUAUAUUACAUAUUUGAUAUCCCACGUUCUGGAGUUCCAAAUUCUUCUGUCCUUGUGUAGGGUGGCCAACCACACGGGACCUCUGCAUGAAUGCUCCUUGUACGGUGUCAAGGAAGCAGGAAAACUCCUCAGUGACGGUAUGUCUCUUGGAGCGAGUGAAGAUUGGCGUACUGUUUUGAAGGCUAUCACUGGAGAAACUGAACUUUCGACCAAAGGGAUACUAGAAUACUUCUCAACACUCGAAGAAUUUCUCAAAAAGGAAAACGUUAACUUAGCCAAACUCGAUGUAAAUGAUAUGGACCAAAGCGCACCCAUAAUAGUCGGUGCUAUUGUAGUGUUGUUAACCAUUUUAAUUAUAGUACUUUAUUGUGUAAAGAAGCAUGAUGUCGGGAGCAGAGUAUUUUCUGUUUGUGGUUUGAGUAAGAACGGCUCUUUAGAUAUUGUAACCAAUGAAGUGCCCCAGGGUAAGACGAAUGAAAUCGACGGGAUCAGUGAAGACAAAGUGUGAUGCCAAUGUUUCCUGCCGUACCUAUCUCUUUACGAGGUCAUUGGUCAUGGACUUAUAUAGGUUAAUUAUUAUUUGAACAAGCCUGACAUUUGAUCUGUUAACUGUGUUGAUUUAUGAUUUUAAAGCGGCAAAUGCAAAUAUCAUGAGGCUUAGAGGAAAAUUUACGCUUCGCUUACCAAAAAUGCUUGUCAACUUUUUAUUGACUUAGCAUCUUCAAGGUCAUAAUAUUCAUCAUUGUUCUAAAGAUUGCAGAUCAUUACUUCAAAAUUAUGUUUUUAAAAAUGGCAUGGAAAAAAGCAAAGUUAUUUAAAUUCGUUUUUACACCAUUAACAUUACCAACUGUUCAUUAAAUGACAAACAAGCUAUAGGUUUUAUCAGUUGUGUGAAUGUUUUACGUAUGGUAUUGACAUGAAUAAAAAAAUAUUAAUGA